AUGCAGCAGACACGCAUUAAACACACUUGCCACCUAAAACUUGGGCUGCUUCUUGAUGGGGUCGAGAGACCAGGCGUUUGUGGUGUUACCCACCCCUGGGUAAUCAUCAUCGGCCCUGGCGAAUAUGGACACAGCGGCCUCCAUGGCGGCGGCAACCAAGUUGCGAUCCCCUCCCAAGUUUUCGCGGGCGAGCACGCCCAUGACCUCCUCAAUCUGACUGACCUCCAGCGCCAACACGGCGCGGCGGCGCUCCAAGCGGGUGAGCACGCCCUGCACCGCGUCGACAGAACAGCCCUCGUCGAUGCAGCCCUUGGCAAAGGUCAGGUCCUCCUUGAGCCCGUCCUCGCCCAAGCCCAUGCGCGGCGCGCGGCGCACAGAGGGCAGGGCGGGGCGGCGUGCGCACAGAGCGCGCGGCGUCGGUCGCGACAGGGCGAGCGCGGGGUGGGCGGUGAUGAAGGCCAUGGUUUUGUUUGUUGGUUAGUGUGA